AUGACGGGCCGGGUUCCCAAUGUCUGGGCCGCCAUUAUCAUUCCUGUGCCUGCGAGUGCGCUCGCGCUGAUUCUUAGGAUCAAGGCGCGGCGCAUGACUAAGAUGGGCGUUGGCUAUGACGAUGCCUUGUCAAUCGCUGCUUGGGUACGCGCCCUCACCCUACCUAAGUCAAGACGGACGACAUGUUAUUACAUGGGUCGCAAAAUCGGUCACGUUCCCGAAGACAAGAUCGAUCACAUCCUCGAGAAAUCCCACCAGAUUCUCUUCGCCAGCGAGAUCCUGUACUCAUGGUCCAUCUUCCUCAGCAAGAUGUCCGUGCUCACCUUUUACCGUCGCAUCUUCCAAUUCUCAUCUAUACGCGUCCCUAUUAUUAUCUUGAUGGUAUGCUGUGGAUGCUGGAUCACCAUCCGGACCUUCAUGACCAUCUUUCACUGCAUGCCUGUGCAGGCGUACUGGGAUAAGUCGAUCGAUGGGAAGUGCAUGAAUAAUAUCGGGCAGUAUUAUCUCGGGACUGAUUUGACGCAUUGUUUGAUGGACUUUAUCAUUCUGGCGCUACCGUUGUUUGAGGUUGUGAGGAUGAAGUUGAUACUGGGGCAAAAGAUUGCUGUCAUUGGUAUUUUCAGUCUUGGUUCAUUGGUCGGUAUUGCGUCCAUCUUUCAGAUCGUCGAGGCUCAGAAAUAUACCUCCAACUCACGAGAAUUCCCCUACGACUUUUCCCUCGCCAUGGUCUGGGCCAACGUCGAAGUCCACCUCGCCGUCUUCACCAGCUGUCUCGCUCUUCUCCGCCCUAUAUUCCGCAAAUUCAUCCCAGGCCUCUCCUCUGGCAACACCACCUAUCCCGCCAACGGCCUCAGCCACGCCUCAAACACCUACACCAACUCCAUCGCCCUGCGCCGUUCCCGCAGCCCACGGGACGUCGAGGAGGUCAUUGAGGGCCAGCGUGCGUACGCCUAUCUGGACUACGACGCAAUCAGCUUGCCAGGCGCCAAAGACGUCAACUCCAUAUCGCGGCUGCAGCAGCGUGAACACCAUACACCUAGCAUGACUGAUUCUGGCGGUAGAGGUUCCCUAUCGUCGCAGAAAAGUGCCCGUUGA